AUGCCUAAACGAAACGUUUUAAUCGGUUGUACCGGAAGUGUGGCAACCAUUAAGCUUCCGGUUCUAAUAGAAAAACUUAAGGAAGCUCGAAGUGACCUAGAUAUCAAAGUGAUUGUGACUGAACAUGCGCUGCAUUUUUUCAAAGCUGAAGACAUCCUCAAGGAAGUGCAAAUCUAUCGGGACAAAGACGAGUGGGAGGAAUGGCAGGGCCGGGGUGAUCCGGUGCUGCAUAUCGAGCUAGGGAAGUGGGCCGACGUUAUGGUAUUGGCUCCGCUGGAUGCGAACAGUCUGGCUAAGAUCGCUCAAGGGCUGUGCGAUAAUCUGUUGCUUUGUACAGCCAGGGCAUGGGAUUUCGGAAAGCCGAUGCUCUUCUGUCCGGCGAUGAACACCCGCAUGUGGGAGCAUCCCAUUACCGGGCCCCAGAUUGAGGUGCUCAAGUCCUGGGGUAUGCAGGAGGUGCCUUGCAUCGCCAAGACGCUGAUGUGUGGCGAUACCGGACUGGGAGCAAUGGCCGAGGUGAGUACUAUCGUGGAGAGAGUUGUGGCUAGUUUGGCUCGUUUAGAUGAUGUGAGGUUCAGUGGGAAGUAAUAUAAUAUUAUUGUUAUA